AUGUCAGCUCAAUUUCAGCAGGAAGUACUGAACGAGCAUAAUCGCUUGCGCGCCCAGCACUCGGCACCACCACUGGCACUGAGUCGGUCACUCUGCAAGUAUGCCCAGGAUUGGGCACAAAACAUAGCCAGCCGGAACCGGCUGCAGCAUCGAACCGAACGUAAGUACGGUGAAAAUUUGUACGCUCAAUUCGGCAAGACCCAAAUCGCCGGAGCCGAUGCCGUGCAGAGUUGGUACCAGGAGCGGAAGGAUUACACCUACGGUCAACCCGAUCCGGGUUCGAAUUUCACCAAGGUCGGGCACUUUACGCAGGUCGUUUGGAAGGGGUCCCGCGAAUUGGGAGUCGGUAUGGCUGUCAACGGUAGGAACGUGUUUGUGGUGUGCAACUACGACCCGGCUGGCAACUACAAGAACCAGUACGCGCAGAAUGUGACAGCGACUUGA